GGCCAGUCCCUUUUCCAUGGGCAGCCAGGGAUCCCCAGAGCUCCUUCAGCCAGCACUCCUCAGGGCUAGGGACUGACAGAGGCUGCAGCCAAGCCUUGGAGAGUGUGACACGUGCACGUGCUCAUCCAUCACGCCUUGCCUGAAGUGUCUGAAGCUGCUGGCUUCAUUCUUCCAUUUCUUUGUCCAAGCAUGCAUUCUGCUCAGUGAAGAGCUUUAUUCCUCCUCUCUGCACCUUUUGCAGUCCACCAGCAGCAUCUGUCCCAGAGUAACCCCUCAGUGGCUGUGCUCCCAGCUGUACUGGGUCCUCAGAUCCAGUCUCCCACGGUCUGCAGCCUGCAGUGGUGCUGUGACACCGAAUGGCACCUUGGCUACGUGCUGCUGGUUGGUAUUCCAGCAGCAGCCCUCCCUCAAAGCCAAUCCCAAGGCUGCCAUGGCAGAGGAUCUCUCUGGAUUGGUGCACGGUGUCUGCCCUGCUCUCCCCUCCCGAGCAGGAAGCGGCAGAGCCGGGCUCACAGAGAAUUCAAUAGAAGGAAGUCUCCACACUUACGCAAAGAAAUUUGGCAGAAGUUAGAUAGUGAGUGCAACAACAAGUGCUGCUGCAGAGAUUACAGACAUUGCAGGAGCUGGAGCAGUCUCUGGGGGAGAUUUACAGAGCUUUCCAUGAAGGAUUAAUUCUUCCAGACCGUUGCUUGGCGGGUGUGCACGCCCCCCAUCAGCACCCCGCGCCGCUCCGACUCCGCUAUCUCCGUCCGCUCCCUGCACUCCGAGUCCAACAUGUCCUUGCGCUCCACGUUCUCACUCCAUGAGGAAGAGGAGGAGCCAGAGCCCCUGGUGUUUGCAGAGCAGCCCUCUGUGAAGCUGUGCUGCCAGCUGUGCUGCAGUGUGUUUAAGGAUCCCGUCAUCACAACCUGUGGGCACACGUUUUGCAGGAGAUGUGCCUUAACAUCUGAGAAGUGCCCCGUGGACAACGCCAAGCUGACGGUGGUGGUGAACAACAUCGCGGUGGCCGAGCAGAUCGGGGAGCUGUUCAUCCACUGCAAGUACGGCUGCCGGCCCGCCGCCAGCAGCAAGCCCACCGCCUUCGAGGUGGACCCCCGCGGCUGCCCCUUCACCAUCAAGCUGAGUGCCAGGAAGGAUCAUGAGAGCAGCUGUGACUACAGGCCCGUGCGCUGCCCCAACAACCCCAGCUGCCCUCCCCUCCUCAAAAUGAACCUGGAGGCUCACCUGAAGGAGUGUGAGCACAUCAAGUGUCCCCACUCCAAAUACGGGUGUGCCUUCAUAGGAAACCAGGACACCUACGAGACCCACCUGGAGACGUGCAAGUUCGAGGGGCUGAAGGAGUUCCUGCAGCAGACGGACGAUCGCUUCCACGAGAUGCAGGUGGCCAUGGCCCAGAAGGACCAGGAGAUCGCCUUCCUGCGCUCCAUGCUGGGGAAGCUCUCCGAGAAAAUCGACCAGCUGGAGAAGAACCUGGAGCUGAAGUUUGAUGUGCUGGAUGAGAACCAGAGCAAGCUGAGCGAGGACCUGAUGGAAUUCCGCAGGGACGCCUCCAUGCUGAACGAUGAGCUCUCCCACAUCAAUGCUCGGCUCAACAUGGGCAUCCUUGGAUCCUACGAUCCUCAGCAGAUCUUCAAGUGCAAGGGGACCUUUGUGGGCCACCAGGGCCCCGUGUGGUGUCUGUGUGUGUACUCCAUAGGAGACCUGCUCUUCAGUGGCUCCUCAGACAAAACCAUUAAGGUGUGGGACACCUGCACCACAUACAAGUGCCAAAAGACCCUGGAGGGUCACGAUGGAAUUGUGCUGGCUCUCUGCAUCCAGGGGAACAAGCUGUACAGUGGCUCUGCUGACUGCACUAUCAUCGUCUGGGAUAUUCAAAACCUGCAGAAGGUGAACACGAUCCGAGCACACGACAAUCCUGUUUGCACUUUGGUCUCCUCACACAACAUGCUCUUCAGUGGCUCCCUCAAAGCCAUCAAGGUCUGGGAUAUUGUGGGCACUGAGCUCAAGCUGAAGAAGGAGCUGACAGGUCUCAACCACUGGGUUCGAGCGCUGGUGGCUUCCCAGAACUAUCUCUACAGUGGAUCUUACCAGACCAUCAAGAUCUGGGACAUCCGGAACCUGGAGUGUGUGCACGUGCUGCAGACGUCGGGAGGCAGCGUGUACUCCAUCGCCGUGACCAACCACCACAUCGUGUGCGGCACCUACGAGAACCUCAUCCACGUGUGGGACAUCGAGACCAAGGAGCAGGUGCGCACGCUGACGGGGCACGUGGGGACAGUCUACGCCCUCGCCGUCAUCUCCACGCCCGACCAAACCAAAGUCUUCAGCGCCUCCUACGACCGCUCGCUCAGGGUGUGGAGCAUGGACAACAUGAUCUGCACCCAGACCCUGCUGCGCCACCAGGGCAGUGUCACCGCGCUGGCCGUGUCCCGCGGCCGCCUCUUCUCCGGCGCCGUGGACAGCACUGUAAAGGUCUGGACGUGCUAACGAGAGCGUCACACGAGUCCUGCACACUGAAAGACCAAAAACUCUCCCUCCAUCGGCCUGUGGGUGACCACACCACUGAAAGGACUGCUGCAGCUCCUCCUGCACCGACACUGCCUGCUGCUGCUGCCCUUGGCGGGCACCUCUGCCCCACGGACACUCCAGGUGUUCCCUCAGCUCUGCCCCAGGUGAUUGGAAAAGAGGAAGCUGUUCCAGUGCCAGUGCCCUCCUCUGCCUGUGCCACCCCAGCUGGGGGCACCCCCCGGCUGGGGCCGGGGUGACACUGGGCCUCGGGGCCAGGCCAGCACAGCCCGUGGCCAGCACCAGGACUGGACAGAUCCGUGUGUCCUGGUGGGGACAGGCUGGGCCCUCUCCGUGGCAGGACUGAGCUUUAGGCUGUACCCUGGGUGGGCACCCGACCCCUUUCUGUCUCUGAUAUUUAAUUUUACUGCCAAGGCCGAUCCAUGUGGGAAGAGGUGUUUCCUUGAGUAGCCAGGUACGAUUUUUAUGCCACAGCUAGUUCUCAAAUCAAGUUCCACAAGCCCAUUGUUCACCACCCUGUAAUAAUGGUCUCCACAUUAAAGACAAAAAGCCUCCGUUGCAUUUUUACUCACAUUUUCUACUGUUUUUAAGAUUGUAAUAUAGAUUUGAUUAUUUCUUCAUUGACAAUAAAAGCAGAAAGAGUUG